AUGGCAGACCUAUCCGUUAGCGAUGAGGCGCCCCAAACAGUCGCGAUGGAAGGAGCGACCCAGAUUAUCGACAUGCCAGACGAGCUCAUUCUCUCCAUUUUGGAAGUCCUUUGUCGCCACUGUGACGGUCGAAAUGGCGGAAGUUUCCAGGCCGAACGCGAUACCCAGAACGCACUCAUCUCAUUCUCAAAGACCUGCUUCCGCUUCCAUAAGCUUGCGCGACCCCACCUCUUUCACCACGUCUGCUUCAAUUACGACUACCUCGAGAUUCGAGAUCGUCCCUGGCAGGGUGUGAAGCAUGAGAAGGCCCUGUUCAGGCUUUUGAGAACUCUGGCUGGCGACCACGUUCCAGACCCCGACGCGCUGGAGGCGGCUGGCAAGCGGAGCCUUGCAAACGGCAUCGAUGACUUAGCCACCUCCAUCAAGCACCUUGAAGCUAACCUGACCCCCAAUCUGCACAUUGAAAGCGGCAAGGUCGGCAAGAUUUGGAAAACUCCCAGAGGGGAGGCCGUUGGAUUCGACUGGCUUCCUGAGGUUCUCAACCGUGCCACUAAAUUGGAACAUCUCGAGCUGCACAUGGAGCUUCCCCUCAUCAAGCAUGGUGGCUUUAUCUGGACCAUGGACCGGUACGGCCGCGCCAAGUACGAUUCCAUCAAGACGCUCAGCCUCAUUUACCGUGGCGACUGCUACGACAAGAUCAGCCAAUUUGAUCUCAGGGACACGUACAUGAUCUUCAACCGCUGCAGAAAUCUUACCACACUCGAAAUUCACGGAAUAGGAGGUGUAGGCGGAAAUUUCCUCCACGACACCGACCACGUCAUCUCCAAGCUCAAGACUUUGCGCCUGACAAACUGCUCCUUGUUGCUCGACGACAUUGAGAUUCUCACCGCAGGCAUCAAGAACUUGGAGAGCUUCACCCUCGGCCGCGGCGAGCUCCGCAGAUUCCAGCUGAUGGCUGAGCGUGGCCACUAUCCCAGUUCCACGAUAAACGACCAGAUUUCCCCCGCAAAUCUCGCUGUUGGCCUGGCGCGUAUGUGCGCCCACAGCCUGAGACAUCUCGAGCUCGGUCCCUUCGAGAUGAAGUUUUGGGAGAGCCGUUGGCACGGGAAGCCCUUUGAAGGUGAGGCCGAAAGCCUCGACAACAUUCGACACGACACCAUUACUACCCUGCGUUCCUUCGAAAGGCUCGAGCAUGUUCAGCUUGCUCAGGACUCUAUCCUCGGCGUCCCCAACAUGUGGACCUCUCGCUCUUAUAUUCCCGAGGUGUGGCCAGGUGACGUAGCUACGGAGGAGCAACUCGGGAUGCGUCGCAUCGACACCAGCUUGCCUGAUCCAGACGGCACUCGCCUAGUCAGCAUGCUUCCGCGUACCCUCAAGUACUUUCGGCUUACCCAUGUCAAUAACAAUCUGGCACACAGCCUGCUCACCUUUGCCUCUGCCGUCGCCGACGGAGAGUUCCCCGCAUUGAAGGAGGUAUCCUUACACGGCCAGGAUCCCCUCAUGGAGCGUUGUCGGUACGGCUCCCGAUUCCAGAUUGAACUUCUUUUCGCUCUAGAGCGGCACUGGGACUUCUUAAGGAACCACGUCCUCGAGAAGAUGAAGGGAUUGCUCGAGCGGGCUGGUGUCAAUUUCUCCUGGGACGCGAUGGGAAGCAACAGUCCCGCUGAGGGAUGGCCCGGCAACCCGAUGUUACAGUCCUUAGGCAUGGAGCCAACCCCUCCCAUGACUCAAAGAGAGGUUGCUUUCAGUGACUUCAGCAAGGAACGCCGCAACAGGUCUAUCAUGCUGCGGCGAAAAUACGCGGCUCUGGGAUCCACUGGUACCCUAGAGGAAGACAACGAUCCCCCGGUGAUCGUUCUGUUGCCUGGUGGAAGAGAGCUUCACUUGAACAGUAGAGGUGAGGCACGUUUGGAAUAUCGGAACCGCGAUCAGUGGGGAAACCUGGUUGAUGAAGACCCUGUUCAAUCAGAUCCUGACUUGGAUUGA